UUUAUUAAUUGUUUUAAUUGCCGUUUCAAAGUAAAGAAAUUUAAUUACUCCUAAUACAGGAAUUCCGAUUCUGUAAUUUUAAUUCUAAAUACCUCUCUUUUUUUUCUGUUGUUGUUUAAACCUUUCUUAUAUAUUUCUCUUGGUGGAGGAAUGCUUGUCACCUACUCCUUUUUAGUUUCCACUUCCUCACAACUUCUUUAGAACUCUUUCAAUAAACAGAGAAAUCUAGAGCUCUGUUUCUUUUUCUGGUGUAAAAUGGAAAAACACAAGUGUAAGCUGUGCUUGAAGAGUUUCUCUAAUGGUAGAGCUUUAGGUGGUCACAUGAGGUCUCAUAUGUUGAAUCUUCCAGUUCUUCAGAAACAACAACAACAUCCGCCAGAAGAAGAUGACGAUGAUGAUCGUCCUCCAACCAUUCAACUCGGUGAAAAUACUGAGUCAGCUUCAUCUUCAUCUUCAGAGGAAGAGGUAGAAACAGAAGCAGAGGGUCUUUACUAUGGAUUACGAGAGAAUCCGAAACGAAGUGUUCGAUUAGUAGAUCCUGAGUUUUCUUUUGCUGUUGAUGCUGCUUCUGUCGUUCUUCAAGAUAGAGAAAGUGAGACUGAGUCAUCCAAGAACCCUACUCGGAGACGAUCCAAGCGGACAGGAAAAUUACUAGAGCAUCAUCAAUAUCAUCUCCAUCGCCACCACGAACAAGAACACCAAAGACGGGAGCAAGAAACCAACAACAGCAACAGCAUAAAGAAGGUCAAGUUUAACAAAUUUAGUACCGAGUCAUGGGUUGAGCCUGAACCUGUAAGUUCAAUCUCUGACACUACCACAGAAGAAGAUGUUGCUUUCUGUCUUAUGAUGCUUUCAAGGGAUAAGUGGAAAACAAAGGAUAAACCGCAACAUCAUCAAGAACAAGAACAAGAACAGGAUGAUCAAGAAGAAGAAGAAGAAGAAGAAGCUGAAAGGUCAAUUGAAGAAACAGAUGAAUCAGAUGAGUUCAAAUCUUGUAAGACAAGAAUCAAAGGAAAGUACAGGUGUGAAACAUGCAAGAAAGUGUUUAAAUCUUAUCAAGCUUUAGGUGGACACAGGGCAAGUCACAAGAAACUUAAACUUCAUUCACCAAUUCAAGAAAGAGAAUUAGAAACAGAGAAUAAUAACAAUAAUGCAGCCACUUCAGGUUCUGUAUCAGUUAAAAAAAUACACGAAUGUCCAUAUUGUUUUAGAGUAUUUUCAUCCGGGCAAGCUUUAGGUGGUCACAAGAGAUCUCAUGUAGUAACUGGUAUAGCAACAGCAGCAGCGGCAACUACAACAACAAGAGCAAUUGCAACUGCGACUCCUGCUAGAAGUUCUAUAGCGACAAAGGUUGAAGAUAACUUGAAUUUAAUAGAUCUUAAUCUUCCAGCUCCAAUUGAUGAGGAUGAUCUUAGUCAAGUUGAGUUAUCUGCCGUAUCUGAUGCAGAAUUUGUCAACCACAUCAAGAGGUGAAUGCACUCUUUCUUUUUCAUUUUAACUGUGCUAAUUUUCUCCAAAAGAAGAUUCGAUCCAAAAGUAUAAUGCUUUUUCAGGGUAGCUACUUUUGCGUUUUGGGAUCUAAAAUCAUGCGAGUUUGUUAGCUUUAAUCGAAUUAUUUUAUGCUUCUUAUUAUCCAAAGACUAUUUCUUUGGUUCACAAAAUUCUUAACUGUAUUUCAUUUUUGCUAUUUAGCUCUGUCUUCUGCCCUGUUUCUCCAACAAUCUCAGUUAGAAACAUUCAUUAUUUUAUAUGCAUGCCCCCUUUUUUCCCAUAAAAUCAACAGUGAAAUAGAAUUUCUGAGUUUGUCUUUUUCUCUAUUAUUAAUGAAGUCCUGAGAAUGGUAAUGCUUGGUUCUGCUCAA